UCCGUAGAAAGGAACUUCGCAGAAACACGAAUCUGAAUCUGAUUUUAAAAAUGUAAUAAAUAAACUUUUUGGAUGUAUUUAUAAUCUGCUGAUUAAAUUCCAUGUCUGAAGCUGCUCUUAACUCAAAUAACCUCUUUGGGGUUUUGUGUUUAUAUUCAGUCUAUUUCCGGUGAUGAAUGUGAUCCCCCUUCACUCUCUCAGGUGUCAGUUCCUCUCUCUCAUGAUCUCAGUGAGUCCUCCUCCCUCACACUCUGAAGGACUCUGCAGGAUUUUAUGUGUCAUGGUCUUCUGCUUCAUUUAACGCUGUGUAGAGAAACAUGGAGCCUCCGGACUUUGAGGCUAUGAACUUCACGGUGGAUCCGGGUCCGCCGGGUUACCCUCUGUGUGAGGGGUGGAAGGAGGGCGCGGAAGAUGCCGUGUUCCACCUCUCCAACAUCCUCCUCUUCCUCGGCUUCAUGGGGGGCAGCGGCUUCUACGGAGUCCUGUACCUGUUCAGCUUCCUGACCGUGGGCUUCUUCUGCUCCACGCUGUGGGCUUGGUCCGACUCCUGCACCACGGACUCGUUCCUGUGGAGCUUCGCGCUGUUCGGUGCGUGUUUGGGUCAGCUGCUGCACGUCUCCUACCGGCUGAGGAGCGUCUCCUUCGAGAAGGACUUCCAGGAGCUGUACGCCUGCGUGUUCAAAAAGCUCGGGGUGUCGCUCACGCACUUCGGGAAGAUCGUGGCCUGCUGUGACGCAGAGGUCCACAGCUUAGAGAAGGACCACUGCUUCGCCGUGGAGGGGAAAACGGCCAUAGACAAGCUGUCCGUGCUCCUGUCAGGCAGAAUCAGUGUGACGGUAAACGGAGAGUUUCUUCAUUACAUCUACCCGUUCCAGUUCCUGGACUCACCUGAGUGGGACUCCCUCAGACCGUCAGAGGAGGGAAUAUUCCAGGUGACCCUGCGUGCUGAUAACCCCUGCAGAUACGUGUCGUGGAGGAGGAAGAAACUUUAUCUGCUGUUCGCAAAGCAUCGCUACAUAGCGAAGAUCUUCGCCCUGGUUGUGCGUAACGACAUUGCAGAGAAGUUGUUCUCUCUGAACGACAAAGCCUUCGACAGCUCGGGACACCGCUACGAUCUCCGCUUGCCCAGCUUCUGUCACAUGACCACGACGGACUUAGAAAAAACAGAUGUCUUCUUGCAAGUCCCGACGCAGGGAGAAAGGACGGCCUGAACACACACACACACACACACACACACACACACACACACACACACACACACACACACACACACACACACACACACACAC